UGCAAACCCAUGCUUAAUAGUUGCGACUCGGAUGCAACUGGGUCCUUAGGGUUUAUACACCUCUAGCUCUCCUUCUCACCGACUCGCCGCUGCGCUCUGCCUGAAUCAUCUUUGCUCCGAUCUUCUUUCAGCUUUUUGAAGAGGCUUGCCUAUGUGCUGGAAUGGCCAAUAAUCCUCAAUCUUCUGGGGCACAGCCACUUCGGCCUCCUGCAGUUGGAUCCUUGGGGCCUCAAAAUUUUGGUCCACCAUUAUCUAUGCAGUUUCGACCUGCGGUUCCGGGACAACAAGGACAUCCGUUCAUUCCAGCAGCUUCUCAACAAUUUCGGCCAAUUGGACAAAAUAUUUCUUCACCAAAUAUGGGAGGGCCUUCUGGUCAAAAUCAGCCGCCGCAGUUUUCUCAAGCUAUGCAGCAGUUACCACCUAGGCCAAACCAGCCUGGUCCCAUGGCACCUUCAUCACAGCCAAUUCCCAUGCCAUACAUUCAGCAAAACAGACCUCUUACUUCCAGCUCGCCGCAGCCUAAUCAAACUGCUCCCCCUUUAAAUAGUCAUAUGCCUGGUCUGGCUGGCCCAGGAAUGCCUUUCUCAUCAUCGUAUACUUUUGCACCAGCUUCUUUUGGCCAGCCACAAAGUACUAUUAAUGCAUCAGCGCAGUUUCAACCAAUAUCUCAAAUGCAUGCACCUGUUGGGGGACAGCCUUGGUUGUCAUCUGGAAGUCAGAGUGGUGCCCUAGUUACACCGGUUCAUCAGGCUGGCCAACAGCCUUCUGUUACUGCUGACAUUCCAGCGGGAAAUGUUCCUAACCCAACUCAUCAAUCCUCAUCUGAUUGGCAAGAGCACACAUCAGCUGAUGGAAGAAGAUAUUACUACAACAAGAAGACAAGACUUUCUAGUUGGGAAAAGCCUUUGGAAUUAAUGACUCCAAUUGAGAGGGCUGAUGCGUCAACUGUUUGGAAGGAAUUCACAACUCCAGAAGGAAGGAAAUAUUAUUACAACAAGGUUACAAAGCAAUCUAAAUGGACAAUGCCUGAAGAAUUGAAGUUGGCUCGAGAACAGGCUGAAAAAUCAGUUAGCCAGGAAACUCAAUCUGAAAUGGGUACAACUUCCAAUGAACCUGCUGUUGUUGCUGUCUCCUUGGCCGAAACACCAUCUACUGCAUCAGUUUCGGUUAGCUCUACCACUUCUUCGACAAUAUCUGGAAUGACUUCAAGCCCAGUUCCAGUUACACCUGUUGUUGCAGUUGUUAACCCUCCUCCUGUGGUGGUUUCUGGAACAUCAGCCAUUCCAAUUGCACAAUCUGCUGUAACAACAAGUGCAGUUGGAGUUCAGCCUUCUAUGGGAACUCCUUUACCUGCUGCUGUUUCUGGAAGUACUGGGGUUGCUGCUGCUUUCAUCAAUCCUAACGCCACAUCAAUGACUAGCUUCGAGAAUCUAUCAGCUGAUGCUACAAAUGGAGCUUCUAUGCAGGAUAUAGAGGAGGCAAAAAAAGGAGUGGCAGUUGCAGGAAAAAUUAAUGUGACUCCGCUAGAGGAGAAAACACUUGACGAUGAACCUUUGGUAUACGCUACUAAGCUGGAGGCAAAAAAUGCAUUCAAAGCGCUCUUGGAAUCUGCAAAUGUUGAGUCUGACUGGACUUGGGAUCAGGCAAUGAAAGCGAUAAUUAAUGACAAGAGAUAUGGUGCCCUGAAAACACUUGGUGAGCGGAAGCAAGCAUUUAAUGAAUACUUGGGUCAAAGGAAAAAAAUUGAGGCUGAGGAGAGGCGCAUGAGGCAGAAAAAAGCCCGGGAAGAGUUUACAACAAUGCUGGAAGAGUGCAAGGAACUCACAUCAUCCAUAAAAUGGAGCAAAGCUGUAGAUAUGUUUCAAGAUGAUGAACGGUUCAAGGCUGUUGAACGGUCUAGGGAUCGUGAGGAUCUUUUUGAAAACUUCGUAAUGGAACUUCAGAAAAAGGAAAGGACAAAGGCGCUUGAGGAGCAGAAGCGGAAUAGGAUGGAGUACAGGCAAUUUCUUGAAUCUUGUGACUUUAUUAAGGUGAACAGCCAGUGGCGGAAAGUUCAAGAUCGCCUGGAGGAUGAUGAAAGAUGCUCCCGACUUGAAAAAAUUGAUCGCUUGGAGAUUUUCCAGGAAUAUAUUCGUGACCUAGAGAGAGAAGAAGAGGAACAGAGGAAGAUACAGAAGGAACAAUUGAGGCGUGCUGAGAGAAAGAACCGAGAUGAAUUUCGGAAGCUGAUGGAAGAGCAUGUUGCUGCUGGCACUCUGACAGCCAAAACUCACUGGCGGGAUUACUGCAUGAAGGUUAAAGAUUCGUCACCGUAUCUGGCUGUUGCAUCCAACACCUCUGGUUCAACCCCAAAAGAUCUGUUUGAGGAUGUUGCUGAAGAAUUAGAGAAACAGUAUCAUGAAGACAAAGCUCGUAUAAAGGAUGCAAUGAAGUUAAGCAAAGUUACGAUUGCGUCAACGUGGACAUUUGGAGACUUCAAGGCUGCUAUUUUGGAUGACGUUGGGUCCCCAAACAUUUCAGAUGUGAACUUAAAGCUUGUAUUUGAGGAGCUACUUGAUAGAAUAAAGGAGAAGGAAGAGAAAGAAGCUAAAAAACGUCAACGUCUUGCUGAUGAUUUCAAUGAUCUGUUGCGCUCCAAAAAGGAGAUAACUGCGUCUUCUAAUUGGGAAGAUUGCAAACCACUUUUUGAAGAAAGCCAAGAAUACAGAUCAAUUGGGGAAGAAAGCUUUGGGAGGGAAAUCUUUGAGGAAUACAUUGCACACUUACAGGAGAAAGCCAAAGAAAAGGAACGCAAGCGAGAGGAGGAAAAGGCCAAAAAAGAGAAAGAGAGAGAGGAGAAAGAGAAAAGGAAGGAGAAAGAAAGGAAAGAGAAAGACAGAGAUCGUGAAAGGGAAAAGGGAAAGGAACGAUCUAGGAAGGAUGAAACAGAGAGUGAAAAUGUAGAUGUAACUGACAGUUACGGCUAUAAAGAAGAUAAAAAAAGGGAAAAGGACAAAGAUAGAAAACAUCGAAAGCGUCACCAAAGUGCUGUUGAUGAUGCAAGCUCUGAUAAGGAAGAGAAAGAGGAGUCUAAGAAAUCUAGAAGACAUGGAAGUGAUCGAAAAAAAUCAAGAAAGCAUGCAUACACUCCUGAAUCAGACACUGAAAGCAGGCAUAAAAGACACAAGAGAGAGCACCGGGAUGGUUCCCGAAGAAAUGGAGGUUAUGAAGAACUUGAAGAUGGGGAGCUUGGUGAGGAUGGGGAAAUUCGGUAGUUCCUACUAUCCUAUCUUUAUGGUUUACUAACCUUCAUCCAUUCGCUAGACAUAAGCAUUUCACAGCUUAGUUGAUUACAUAUGAUAGAUAUCAUUGUCAAUUUUCUUUAAUGUUUUUUGAAUUCUUCCAGCCAUUACUUGUGCUUAAGAUCUGUUUCUGAGAUAAGUUAUGCUCUGUCAAUUUUUUAUUGUAGGGUUUAUGAUAACUGCUAUUUUGGUAGGAUGUACAAAGUAUUACUACUGAUUUUUGUAUUGGAGAUGAUGUUUUAGGAUGUCUAUCAUCAUGAUUUGAUGCAAAUAGAUCAUUGAUUAUGUUUUA